AUGUGGUUCUGCUGCCGGUUGCCGCAGAUGUGCCAGGCAGAUUGCUGCAAUGAGUUUGCCACCAACCCGCAAGUACAGCUCCUUUACAUCAUCGCCGCCAUUACCUACAUCGUGUCCGCCUUCCUUGCGGGGGUUCUCCUGGUGGUAGUUGAUGUGAAUACCCUCCGCUUUGCUGAGCCGAAUAUUUUUCUCCUGGCGUGGAUCGUAGAGAUCAUAGGCUUGGCUGUGAUUGUAGCUUGGAUCACCAUGGUGUCAUCCCGCUGCUGCGCCCCUUGCUGCUGCAAGGAGCAGAUGCCGGAUGUCCAGGCAUGUCCCCUUGGAGAGUGCAACGCCAACAAUCUGACGCUCCUGGACUUCCCAUUCCACGUGGCGAUGAUUGGGAUACUCGCCAGCAGAUUCCUGAUCGAGGUGCUUAAGACCCUAGGCACCGAUGUGGAUGAAGACGUCGAGUGGUCCGUUCUUCUGUGGGUUGUCUUGGCACAAGUGCAUGAAAACAUCGCAAAUAACAGUGUUUGCCGCGCGCGCACAUACAUCAGGCAGCCAGCCAUGUAA